UCUCCAGGAGAGAACCAUGCAUCUCCAGAUGAAAAUCACGCAUCUCUCCAGACGAGCAUAAUACAUCUUAAAGCAGAUCUGCAUGCCAAAGCUUCCAUUGGUCAGCUGGAAGCUCCAUUGGUGCCUGUGAUUGGCCAUACUUAAUGAUCCUUGGCUCAUCAUUUGCCCCUGUAAUUUACUAUGAAUAUUGUAUGCUGGCGGAAUAGGUGCUGAUAAGUUUGAAAUAGCUUAGUCUUGGGUAAAUCGUACGCGUGUGAGCAGUCUAAAUUAUAUGCCCUGGCUGACAUCUUUCAAUCUGUAUCAGGAAUGCUUUUCUCCUGGAAUCGGAUGUUUGAGAAUGGUUACAGUUGGAUAUUUAGAAUGUAGAUAUUUCUGCUGCAUGUUUGGAGAGGACUAUUACGCAAAGAAUGUUUUGCGCUAAAUUGAAGGAUCUUAAGAUUGCGGGGGAAUGUCCCUUUUCUGUGGCCGUGGGAAAUGAGGAACCUGCAGAUCUUGAAGAAAGCAACGCUGUGGGUGUUCUGCCCGUGUCCAAAGACGUGCGGGGCAAUAACACAAACAUUCUGCCCAGACGUAAAAUAAGCCGGAGCAAAGUUAAUCUGCAUUCACUUGGCGAGAGCAUCCGAAAACUGGUGUGCCCGGAGUUCGAGAAAUUACGAAAUGCAAUUAUCAGAGUCAUGAAAGAGCAAUCAGACGUGAGUUGCCAUGUGGCAUGCAGCUCUGACAUAUCUCCAAUACUUGAGACGCCUGCACAAUUAUCAGACGUCAUGAAAAACUACUCCCUUAAAACAGGUAUCCACAUGGACGCAUUAAAGAUUUAUCUGGGUAUGGAGGUGUUUCGGGACUGUUAUGAAGAGGACGGCCAUGUUCUCCGAGUGGUGGGGGGAGCUCUCCAUGAUUUUUUGAACAGCUUCAAUGUUCUCUUAAAGCAGAGCACGCCACCCACUCCUGAGAUACAGCGUUAUGUCCACCAAGCCUCGAUCCUCUGCCUGGACAAAGAUCCAGGACUCCUGACCGUCUAUUACUUUAAUCCUCUCCCCACCACUGAGCUCUUCUUCCCAGGCAUCAUACAGGCGGCAGCGUGUUUGCUCUAUUGCUCACAGGUGGAGGUUAGGAUGGAUGUUGGGAGUAAAGACUGUGGUGCUCUACAAGCCAAUCAUCAGCCCCAUCUGCUGUACUCAGUGGUGGUGAGAGAUGGCAGGAGCCUCACACCAAGCCCCAUGAGGUCACACUCGACCGGAGACAUUCCCCUCUCGCUGCUUUAUUCCACCUUCCCUUUCCACAUUCUCUUAGAUCGAGAAAUGGGCCUGAUGCAGAUUGGAGAUGGGUUGAGGAGGAGACUUGGGCGCUGCAGAGAUGGCAUGAGGAGACCUGUUUUCAACGAACACUUUGCCAUUGUUUCACCAGAGAUACGAGCCAGCUUCCAGGAUAUUUUGACCAUGCUGAACACCCAGUUUGUACUACGGGUGAAACAGCAUGCAGCAAGCUCAACAGACAGCCCUGGAAAGCAUAUGGACCUAAAAGGGCAGAUGAUCUUCAUGUCAGAGAUGAGUGCUCUCCUCUUCCUUGGCUCUCCGUGUGUGGAUAAGCUAGAGGAGUUGACAGGCCGGGGCCUCUACCUCUCUGACAUUCCAAUUCACAACGCAUUACGAGACGUUGUUCUGGUAGGAGAGCAGACCAAGGCCCAGGAUGGUCUUAAAAAACGUCUGGGCAAAGCCAAAGCUGCCCUGGAAUAUGCACACCAGGCCCUUGAAGAAGAGAAGAGGCGGACUGUAGAGCUGCUCAUCACAAUAUUCCCGGGGAACGUUGCCCAGCGUCUGUGGCAGGGACUUCCCGUGCAAGCCAAAAAGUUUGAUCAUGUUACAGUGCUGUUCUCAGAUAUUGUGGGCUUCACUGCGACCUGCUCGCGAUGUACACCCAUGCAGGUGGUGAACAUGCUUAGUGAGCUCUACACUAGAUUUGAUCACCACUGCGGGGAGCUGGAUGUGUAUAAGGUGGAAACCAUCGGCGAUGCGUACUGUGUAGCUGGAGGGUUACACAAAGAGUGUCCGACCCAUGCUGUCCAGAUUGCUCUCAUGGCUCUGAAGAUGAUGGAAUUGUCGGAUGAGGUCACGACUCCCAUGGGGGAGGUCAUCAAGAUGCGUAUUGGGAUCCACUCAGGCUCGGUUCUGGCUGGUGUAGUCGGAGUUAAAAUGCCUCGCUACUGCCUUUUUGGCAACAACGUCACGUUAGCCAAUAAAUUUGAGUCCUGUAGCCUACCAAGAAAGAUAAACGUCAGUCCCACCACCUACAGAUUGUUAAAAGAUCGUCCAGAGUUCACGCUCAUCCCCCGGACGAGAGAGGAUCUUCCUCCCAACUUCCCCGCCGACAUCCCUGGUGUUUGUUACUUCCUCCAGGCCUGCGAUCAAAAGAAAAGUGUUGCUUCCAGAGGUUGUGCUACAGAGGAGGCUCAGCCCAGUGGAUGAAACGUGAACACGCUCUCAGACAAUGAACGCUGGAAACAGUGGGCUAAUAUUGCCCGUCAGUCUUGUUUUUAGUUGAGCCAGAGGUAGAAGGUUUCACAGUGGCAUCAGCUCUGUGUCGUCUGAGACUUUAAAUGACUGAACCUCUUGUUUUAGUUUGGUAAAGUGAUUAGUUUCUUUUACGUUUUGUAACUGCAAACCAAAAAUCUAAACAGAUGAGAACAGCAUCCACAUUUGUUUCCGUAUUGACUGAUGAUUUUUGCUAGAGUCAAGAGAGUGAGUCAUAUGUAACGUAUAAGGACAAUAAUUAUCAUUUAAAUAGUCUGAAUAAAGCACCAUGCACAUGGGUCAUGUCGUUGUAGUUGACUACACCACACAGUGAAAUAAAAGCUGUAACACUUUACAAUAAUGUUUCAUUUGUUAACAUUAGUUAAUGCAUUAGGCUAUCAUGAACUAACAAUGAGCAAUAUUUUUAUUCAUCUUUAUUCAUGGUAAUUGCUAAAAGCAUAAUUAGUCAUUGUUAGCUCAUGUUAGUUCAACUGAUGUUAACAUAUGCAACUUUUAAUUUUAAAAAAUGUAUUAGUAAAUGUUGAAAUGACUGGUGCGUUUGUAACUAUGAGAUUAAAACGUUCGCAUCUUUAUAGAACUCAUAUUUACAAGUGUUAAAGUUAAGGUUCCAUUUGUUAACGACAUUAGUUAACAUGCACUUACAAUAAACGAUACUUUUACUGCAUUUUUUAAUCUUGGUUAAUGUUAAUUGCAACAUACUGUAUACUAAUACUUAUUUAUUAUAUGUGCUAACAUUAGUUAAUAUAUUAUGAAUUAAUAUGAACUAACAAUGAACAAUUAUAUUUUAAAAACAAAUGCAACCUUAUUAUAAUGUGCUACCACAAAUGCUGUAAAAGUAUGGUUCAUUGUUAUUCACGUUAACAAAUGUAGUUAGCUAAUGUUAAUAAAUGGAUCCCUGUUGGACUAACAGCUUCACCUCAGUAUAUCUUGACCACAGUCAUCCUAAAGUGAACAUUUAUAAUAUUUAAUUGUGACUUUUUUUUAAUUUUAUAUAUAUAUAUAUAUAUAUCAGUAAUAAACAUGC